UUGGUCCGGGUCUUGUCGAAGGCAGAGCCCCGCCACUGUUGUCAGGUGAGGUUUUUAGUAAGUUUGGUUCGUCUGGUUAUGAUGUAUUGAUAAUAAAAAUUACUCCUUUUGUGAUGUUUUCUUCUUCUCACUGAUGCUGAAAAUAUUUUUCACUGGACUGAUGAAGGCGUGGCUGUUGGAUGUGGAUGGCAAGCAAUGGUAGCAUACUUCAUCGGCGUACCCCUCGGUGUGCUUCUUGGAUUCAAGUUUGACUUUGGCAUCAAGGGAUUGUGGGGAGGGGUGAUCGGGGGCACCCUCAUUCAAACACUUAUUCUGAUCUGGAUCACGUUCAGGACUGAUAGGAACAAGGAGGUCGAGGAAGCGAGGAAAAGAUUGGAUAAGUGGGACGACACAAGGGAGCCUCUCUUCGCAAACAAGGAGUGGUGAUGUCAGGAGUGGAUCAAGAGUCAAUAUGCUGCUGCAAGUUGAUCCAUUCUGCAAUACUUUUCAGUGCCAUCUCAUCUGCCACUUCUAACUGCAACAUAGACCACUCAAUUCAGAAAUGCACUAAUGCGUAGUUCGGUUGGUUUCAUCUGAGAUCAUGCUGUUUCAGAAUUCACAAACUAUUCUCCUCACCUAACGAUACUAAUUUGAGGUCGCCAAUUGCAAUGCUUUGCUAAUCCUUAGUCCAAUUAUUAACCAGAAAUACGGCAAGUGGCCUUACUGAAUACUGUACUAGAAUGAAGCAACUUCAGUUUCUGAAAUUCUUUAGUCCAUGAGCUCCAGAAUUGCCCUGCAGACCUGAUUGGAAUUAGAAAUUCUGCAGGCUGCAGGAGGCAACAGCCAAAGCGACAAAUGGACACUACAGUUAGGAUAACAGUAGGUCGGUGCUGUUUGACAGUCUCUAAUUGGAUGAAGCUCAUCCCGAGCUUCCAUCCG